UCAGAUAUACACUACAUGUUGGGUAAAGGCCUGAAGCGGAAGCUGGAGCAGGAGGAAGAGAAUGGCGUGAUGAAGAUGAGCUGCCCUCAGGAGGCGUCACCCGCCUGCUACUGGCUCCAGCGGCAGACCGUGCUCAACCUCUCGCUGCUGAAGCUGCACAGCCGUCCGGGACACUCGGAGCCGGGCCUGGCCCGCAGGGUGCUCAUCACCAACACACUCCGGCGCAUCCAGGACGUCCCUGCACCCCAGUCCUUCCCCAGCGGGGUUCAGUCCCAUAGUGAGGGCAGUUUGACGCCUGUGUCGCGGUUGGAGGAGGACAGACAUCUGUUUCUCUGUCUGUCUCCGUCCAUUUCCAAACAGCAGCCCCCAUCAUCCUCCAUUAUUAAAGACAGCUUCACCUCAGCACUGGCUGAAAUUGAAGAUCUGUGCCCGACUGUGGGAAUAACCACUUUAUUUUCUAGGGAGACGGGCCGCUCGCUCGCAUCAGACCCAAAUUCAGAUGAAUCCAGGCAUACAGACCCAGAUCUUUCUGAAAUGAACAGCGGUACGGACUCAGCAUCAUCUCUCUCGGACUCUGCCCAGUCAGUGUUUGGCCACACCCCCUCACUCCUCACCGAUUUCUCAUUGGACGAUUUCCUGUUCACGGAAAUAGACAGCUUGCUGUUCGACAACGUCCCCUGCGGUUCGUCCCUGAGUGGGAGCUCGGGUGCGUCAAAAGUCGUUUCCAUGGUAAAGGACGACCUCGUCAUGACGCUCGCUGAAAAAAAAAAAAAACGAGACAAAAAAAAGCCAAAAGGUGAGAAAACUCGUUUCUGGCGAACAUUUUCCAUUAUGCACUCCUGGCGUACAGGACCGCAGUGA